UCUGCAAGUGUGAUCUGGCUUGUAAUGCUUCUGCGUGAAGCCUCUGCUCUCCUCGCUGUUGUCGCUGUGUGUGCAAGGGGUGUCGCGAGACGCGCACACGAGGACGCACACGCAUACACCCAGAACAACCAUUCAACACACGUCAAACUCUCAGUAUCGGAAUUUUUUUCGCUCUCCUCUUCGUUCACGCGGUCCAUCAUCCCUAUUUUUCCAUUUCGUCAAGAAUAAAAACAUCAUAAAGUCGUGCAUACAAAUAUCUAGGAUAUAAGAUUAAUACUUCAAGAACUAUAUAAACAUUCCGCAGAUCGAUGUAUCAUUUCAGUGAAUUUCAUAAAACUCGAUAUGUUAUAAAGCUCGUGAAACAACGGAAUAUUUGUGUAAAAACCUCCCUCACAUAUUCUCGGGGACGAACUCGAGCAGCCUGGAUACAAUGAAAUACAAGAUCCUUCAGCAACGAGACUGAAUAUCGGAAAAAAAACUAUCGAAAUUUUUAAAUUGUUAUCAUACAAGUGACAAUCGGAUUUGUAAAAAAAUCGAAAACUCACUGUGAUUAUUGUUAUUUGGGUGAUGUGGAAAAAGCUAUCGAAAUCAGGAUGUACGAAGCUCAAACGACAACGCUUUCGAGUGAUUUUUCGUUUUAAGAAAGGCUGUCUUCGGGAGGGUUGUUAAAAAAUAUAAAAACUUGAGUUAUUCAUAAAAUUGUGGAACAGGAAAUGUCUUACAGCGAUGGCGGACGUUCGAUACGUAAAUCCGGCUCGAAAUCGCCGAAAAGGUUACGCGUAACAAAAACCGAAAACAGUGACAAAGCCACCACCACUAUUAGUUAUGGUAAUGGCAAUAAUAAUAAUCGUUACCUCGAUAAUCCACUGUCACAACCGUCCGUACACAAACGCAAUCUUUACGUAGUAUCCUUCCCUCUCAUUUUACUUUUCAACGCCUUGCGUACGUUGCUCUAUCAGCUGUUCGUUGUUUUCAAAUACAUCUACGCGUCUACGUCACAUCUCAUUAUAAGGAGACGUCAAGCCUCGCGUAACAAUUGUCAAUUGGAAAUUGUUGUUGGACGCGAAAUUGAUAACGAUCUUCUGGGUGUCACGAGUUCUCGUUCAGAAACCAACGAAAUGUCGAACGCACCGAGGACCAGACCCGCGGGUCCUGGACCUGGGGAUCCUCUUCUUGCCAAACAAAAACAUCAUCAUCGUCGGGCUUUCGAAUUCAUUAGCAAAGCCCUCAAAAUCGACGAGGAAAAUGAAGGUCAUAAAGAGAUGGCCAUCGAACUAUACAAAAAAGGAAUCGGAGAACUCGAAAAAGGAGUGGCAGUGGAAUGCAACGGCGGCCGAGGGGAAGUUUGGGAAAGAGCUCAAAGAUUGCACGACAAAAUGCGUACCAAUCUUGCAAUGGCCAAGGACAGACUUGAUUUCCUUGCGAGUGUUUGUGAGCUGAAAAAUUUGGCGAUUGACAACAACAGUCAUGGGAUAAAUGGAAGAUGUACGGAGGCAGAGCAUCCUGGAAAAUAUCUAAAGGCCAGACGCAACGCCCAAACCGUACGAUCGAAUCAAACAUUAACGAACGAUGCGAGACACUCGAGUAAUGCACAAACAAUCAAUGCGUCGCACAAUACGUAUACACUGAAUCCAAAACCGGUGGUACGGUCACGUUCACCGAAAAACUCCUAUUCUCGUAUACCCGAAGAUUCGUUGUUUUUUGUUGCAUUAGCAUCCGGAAGAAAACUAAAUGUACCGGGAAAACGACUCGCAGGAUCGGUAAUGAGCAAAAGUCAAACGUUGCCACGGAGCAUGGGUCGAUCUACGCCGACGCUUCCUUGCCACAGAACGACGCCGGUAAAACCAUCGGGAACACCACCCUCGAUAAAGAGACAAUUAUCAGUGCCUGGCAAUGGCUCGCCAAUUCGGCGUCCUGGCACACCAAGCGGUACUAAUAGCAACCGUGGAACUCCGACGAGAAAAGUUCCUAUCCUUAAAGGCGUUGAUCCCAAACUCGCUCAAGUUAUACUCGAUGAAAUUCUCGAGGGUAGCACCGCCGUACAAUGGGAAGAUAUUGCCGGACAAGAGAUAGCAAAGCAAGCGCUCCAAGAAAUGGUCAUUCUGCCGUCACUGAGACCGGAACUUUUCACGGGUUUGCGAACACCAGCUCGCGGAUUAUUGUUGUUUGGUCCUCCAGGCAACGGGAAAACGUUGCUGGCGCGUGCGGUAGCAACACAAUGCAACGCGACCUUUUUUUCGAUAUCAGCAGCGAGUUUGACAUCGAAAUAUGUGGGCGAGGGUGAAAAAUUGGUGCGAGCGUUAUUCGCGAUAGCUCGAGAGCUGCAGCCAUCAGUGAUUUUCGUUGACGAAGUCGACUCGUUGUUGAGCGAAAGAAGGGACAACGAGCACGAGGCAUCGAGGCGACUGAAGACUGAAUUUCUCGUCGAAUUCGACGGUUUGCCUUGCAAUCCUGAGGAAAGAGUUUUAGUUAUGGCUGCAACAAAUCGUCCACAAGAAUUGGAUGAAGCGGCGCUUCGGAGAUUCACGAAACGCGUUUAUGUCACUCUGCCGGAUACUCAAACGAGAAUAAUGCUGUUGACGAGAUUACUCGGUAAACACAAUAAUCCAUUAUCGAAAGAAGAAUUGGAAGAGAUGGCGGUUCUCACGGAAGGUUAUUCCGGCAGCGAUUUAACCGGAUUAGCGAAAGAUGCUGCCCUCGGACCGAUUCGUGAAUUGAAUCCAGAGCAGGUAAAAGCCCUUGAUUUGAAUCUCGUUCGUAAUAUAAAAAUGCAAGAUUUCAUGGAUUCGUUGAAGAGAAUUCGUCGUUCCGUGUCACCGGCCAGUUUAGCCGCGUACGAAAAAUGGAGCCUCGAAUAUGGCGAUGUCAGUCUGUGAUUUGAAUAAUGCCCGCCGAACGAGCUGAGGCUGCGUUAGUUCCUUAAUCGUUACUACAAACUUCCAUUUAUCCUUCGUUCUUGUCACGUUGGAGGAAAAUGCUUUGUCUGUGUCGACAAAUUCUCCAGGACUCGAAAAAGAAAGUUUGCCAGAAAAAAUCUUGUUGUAAUUGUUCAUUCACAGCCAACAACUUUAUCCUUUUUAAGCAUUUAAACACAUAAAUAUUCGACAAAAAUCCGACAAUGUUUCGGUUUUUAACGAUGAUGUUGAUUAUGAUAGAGCAUAAAAAAUCUCACAGUAUAUCAAUAAUGGUUUCACUAUUGUUGAACAUUCAGCCAUUAAAAAAAAAAAAAAAAAUGAAUGCGACAUUAUCCUGAACAUCUUUGAAUUUAUUCAGAAUUUUACUAUCGAAACUUCUUCGGAGGAAAACAUUUUGGGUAACGUUUAGGAGGCUCCAGAAAAAUCGUCAUAUUUGUGUCAUUUAAGGGGAGAAGGAUAUUUGUAAAGUCUUAAUUACAGUAGCCGAAUUUUUCAAGAUUUUUCCCUAAUUACUGGAUAUAGAAACUCCAAUGAAAUAUCUUUUUUGGCUGAAAAUUAUAAGUAAAAAUCCUCACUGGAGAUAUCAUACACCAAGGCUUUUACCAAUUUUUGCAAGCACCCUCGGGUUAUAGAAGAUCUUAAAAAAAAUGUAAAAAUUAAAAAUCAUACAAAUGCAACCACGCACGUCCAAGGGAGAUAAUAAACAAAGCGAUCGAGUAAAUCGCACAUAUAUCUAUAGUUUAAAAUCGAAAUAUCCACAUGUACAAAAAUCACGAAAAAAUUUCCCUUGUAUAUCAGAACAUAUUGGUGCGUUUGAGAAAAGCGUGAAUGAGAGUAAGAAUCUGAUGAUUUGGUGAGUUUUCGUUAUUUUCAUAACGGAAAGCAGAAUAAUAAUACAGGCCUUGCUAGAAUGUCGAUUUUGCAAAAUAUUCAGAAAUCUCGGGAAGCACAAAUCGAACGCGGUGUUAAGAAAAAACAAAACCCUUCAACUACAACGAAAAAAAAGAACGUCUGUGAGAUUAACUCUCUUCCCUUUCAACUUAGUAAUAAGAUGAAGCGUAAAUCCAUCACCGUAUUUAUUUUGUCUCAAUGAAUUAUUGUGAUAACGAUUGCUCUGUCGAAAUCGUUCGUUUUUGUCAUGUUUUAAAUACUCCGUAGUAAUAAGCAGUUAUUUAAUUAUUUGUAAAGAAAAGUGCUAUGCAAAGAACAGUUUUUUUGUAUAUUUCUUUUCACCAAAGAUAAUUUAUUUAGUAAUUGUCUUCGAGAUCUCUGUAAUAACGAGCAUUUAUGUCAUUUCCUGUAAAGGACGUAUAAUGCGACGAAUCGCACCUCUUUCACGUAAAGAAAAAGAUUUUCGUGCAUUCAGAGUUACCACUGUUCGUGAUUAUCAUUUUCUUUUGAGCCAACGCGUGGAAUAAAGGUUUUGAUGUUUUGCCCUGUAAACGAUGUGAUGUUAAAGCUAAUUCAUACGUUAAAUUGAAAAAUCGAUAACGCGAAGCGAUCGAAUUUUUAAGAGAGACUCUCUUCGUCGAAAUGUUAAUGGUACAAUAGCAAAACUGAUAUUUACUUGUAAGUUUAAAACGAAGAGAGAAAAAAAAGAGUACAAACGCGGGUUGGUAAAAAAAAAUUUCAAAGCUUUCUUGAGACAGUUACGAUCUUUGAUUUGUUAGAAAUUUGUGACGUAUUCAAGUAUUCGCUUCGUCUUUGUAUACCGUUAUUUACGUAUAUACGUAUUAAAUUUUACUAGACAAUUGCAUCUGUAUAUGGAUGUUUAGGUGUAAGAUUCAUGAUAUAAACUUGUAUUUUCGUAGCCAACAUUGCCCCAAUUCAAUUUCAUUUUGAUAUAACGUUUUGUUUUCCUGUCAAUUAUAAUAUAUGUUUCUUCGUCAUGGAUGUACGAAAGAAAAAAUCCAUUCAGGCGUUUUUUCGUUUCGAAUUUAGCGCUGUUCCAGUAAGAAAAUAAUAAAUAAACCCAAACGUAUCUGUAAUUUCGAGGAUAAACAAGAAAACAAAGCAAAACAUCCAACAACGCGAAGAUACUAUGUAACUCGAACGCGAUCUUCCACAGCCUUCCGAUUGCGAAACAGCUCAGCCUUGAUCCGGUUAUUUUGCUACUUUUAUAAAAUCAUAGCAAUAAGAAAAAAAAAAUGUUGUAAUAUUGCUCGCGAAAAAUAAUCGGCUGAUAUUGUAAUUGUUAUAUCAGCAACGUCACCAACGUACUCACGGGCUCACGGGUUUUUUCGGUGAGCAAAAAACUGCGAGUCGCUCGCUUUAAUUUCUGCUCAAAACAUGUAAAAAAAAUAAAAGAAUGAUUUUUCUGAGCGAAAGAAAAAAAUUGUAUUUAUACGUUCGAAAAUUGCGUACGAUCAAUUCGCCAGACCUUUAUUUAUUCAAAAUAUUGUUGUAAAUCAGAGUUGGGCAUAUUUUUGAGACGUAAGAACAUAAAAUUGUUCCUCUCAACAAUGAUAUCUGUAUAUACUCGACUUGUCAAUUGUAGUGUGCGAUUUCUUUUUUGUACAGAGUUUGUUAAGUUAACUUUUUUUGCUUGUAAAUAAAUCAUUUUCUCAGUGUGAUUGAACCCAUGUUCUCCUGGGAAAAUAUUUUUCGAGCAGUUGUUUAAAUCUUCUGUUGUACUUCUCAAACUGUACGUAUCAUUAGCGAAACGAAAUUGAAUUUUCUACGGAGUAUGUCAAAGGAAUAAUAAACAUACAAUAAGAAUUUUUUCGAAAUAUCGAAACUCAAUAACAAAAUUACACUAUGUAAAUUGGAAUGGAAUAAUUUUCAAUCGUUCAUGACUUCGAGCCCAACUCUAUUUGAAAAUUGUUAAGACGAAAAAUCGCUCGAAAUAUUUCAUAGAUUAUAUAUUAUUCGCCUAUUAAUUUUACCUUCAGUCGAUUUGCAGCCAAUUGAAUUGAAUCCGAGCAAAACUUUCAGUCUUUGACUUCCGGUGCAUAGUGAAAUAAUUCCGCCAUUGACAUAGAUGUAAAUUCAUCCGUUAAGAGAAACGUUCACGCGAUAUUCAAGGAAAAUACAAGUAAUAAUAAUUGAGGAUAAGAAAAAGAAAUAGUUUAGAAUGAUGCGAAAAUACAAAUAAACAAUAAAAAGUUUUAUAACUAACAUAGUUGGACCUCAUUCGAUUUUGUAUAUUUUACGUUGCAUCGUUGCGUUGUUAUAAGUAAUUUACACUCCUAACCGUGUUGUUGAAUAAGUUUUCACCAAAACAACUUAAAUGGUAUAUAUCUAUAUAUAUCACAUAUGCGACAAGAGGCACACGAAUUAGUUUACUAGUUAUAAACGCAUCACACGAUUCUAUCGUUACCGAUAAGAGUCCUGUUUGUAUGAAUUAAGAGGAAAAAGAUCACUUUGCUAACGGAUGAAUAUCAAAAAUAAAUAACAAAAGGAAUGAAA